AUGGUGCCAGGAAUGGACGACAGCGCAUGGCUGAGUCCUCUAGUCCAACAGCAACUGGGUGAAGUUCAGAGAGAAUGGCCAUGUAUCCGUGUGAUGCAGCCCAUACUGUGGCACUAUGAAGAUGCAGCACAUCCACAGCAAGCAACGAACUGGAGUGGAUUCAGAGACUUGCUUGAUCUUAUCCAAAACCAGGCUGAUCUAUUGAAUCUCGGCCGCGAUGGGGAAGCAACAGGGAGAGCCGUUGCCAUGUCAGCACUUCAUGCAACUACUUUGCCAGGGCUACCAUUCGAGUUGUGGAGCAAAGUGUUGAGUUUUACAGGUGAUUGGGAGUUGGCCGCUGCGCUUGGUAUCAACACCAGUCUGCCUGUGCCAACAGAAUGGAGCCGGACGGUCCUUACAUGCAACACGGCUGCCAUUUGUCGGAAGUUAUCACAAGCACCAGACGAUUUCCAGAUUUUACCAGUGCUGGUCGUGAAACUCAUCACACGAUUCGCUCUAGUUAAGGUGCUCGCUUAUCUGGAAAACAACCACCCUCAGCUGUUCAAGGCAUUCGAUGGGGCUUUUCUUCCAACCAAAGCGUCUGCAUAUUACCCCCAGGUCAAAGUCUUGGAUUACUGGAAAAACAGUCCUCACUUCCAGAAUCGCCAUGUCUACGAUACCGAGGCGAUAGAUGGCGCAUGUAAGAAUGGCCACGUGCAUAUUUUGCAGUGGUGGAAGCUAUCGGGGUUACCAUUAUUAUACACCAAGGUCUCACUGGAACAGGCGAGCGGUAACGGCCUCAUCUCGGUCCUUGAAUGGUGGCGCGAUGCUGCUGCCAUAGAUCAUAACAUCGUGUUGAAGACUGGCAGGUCGCUCUUAUGGGCCGCCACGAAUGGUCAAGCAGAAGUGCUACGAUGGUGGCAUGCUUCUGGCAUUGAAAUGGGUUACAGCGGUGGUGUAGCCUUUACAGCUAGCCGGUGGGGACACGUCCACGUCUUGGAGACGUGGCGAAAGCUGCAAGGCGAUGACAAUGUCUUGUUUGAUGCCGAGGAAGUCAUAUACAUCGCUACAGCUCGCCAACAUGUGGAAGUCCUCGAGUGGUGGCGGCAGUUUGCCCGGGGUAUGCUCGACGGCAUGAAUGGGCGAGGAGUCAAGGUCAAGUUUCGGACGCGAAGAAUCCAAGAGGCUGUUGAAUCUACUCCCAAGUCUCAAGAAUGGUGGUUUCGUUAUAGACUAAGUAUUGGGAAAGACCAGGACUGGUGGCCCUCUUUUCUAGCAUUGUGA